AUGGCUGUCUAUCCCGUGAAAUGCGGUCCAGGCGAUGCGGGGCUCCCUAACGAUAGCGAGACUGGGCCGCAUGGCUGGGGUGAUCCCGCCAGCCAAUUUGGCUGUGCCCCCGACCCCAACAUCACCAACUACCACUAUCACACCCACACCCAAACAAACUAUCCUGACGACGCAUUCGAACAACAUGACCCCCGGCAGGGCUCAUUCGACACCCCGUACGCCACGGGCCACUACUCGGCUCCUGAUUAUGGCCCAAGCUCUGCGUCAGCAUCAGCACCAGCGCCAGCCGGCCUCCAUUCUCCCGGCGAUGUCUUACAGAAAGCUCGCGAUGACCUGCAGCUUGAGGCACUCGCGUCAGGUCACGUCGCCGCCAAAGCCCCCGGCCCACGAUUUGACAAUGGCAGCAUCUACUCGUUCGCGAGCUCACGUGCUUCCAGCGGGCUGUCGAUCAUGUCCAGGAGUUCGAAAGUGAGCAGCUUCCUCUCACGGACCAGUUCCAGGAUGUCCAAAGCCUCUUCUAUAUUCUCCGCAGACGCACGCCGGAACCGCAAGCGGACCGAAGUGCGCGAGUCCGCCGAGCCCGGGGUUCAGGUCGAUGGCACCCUGGGCCGGAAUGCCGCUUGUGAUGUUGCUGUCGUUGAGACGCCGGUGCGACUAGACGAGAUGGAAUAUUCGCUUCGCGGCCUUCUUCUCUCGUUCUGCCCGGCCUGCAGCAAACCGCACGCUGGGAACGAGUGCAGCCCAUGGUCAGAGCCGCGUAUGUGUCCGGAACCGGACUGCUGCAAGGUAUUCUGGGAGGAUGAUGAGUUCAACGAGCACCAUUGCACGGCACAUACCUGCACAGUGGGCUCUCACUCAAGCCUCGAGAUCAAAUACAUGGGGAGCAGAAAAUACUGGGCCUGCGGAUUCUGUGGUUCCCUUCACGACUCCAGCGACGGCUACAAGAACCACGUGAACGGCCAUCAACGGGUUACGCCACUCCUGUCGGAGAGAUGGAACCAUUCGCUAGUCAUUCUCGGUCUCCUGCAGCAGAUUCAUGUUCGGGAGGCGUGGAGCAUCAUCACCGGCGACGAAGACAUUGCCAACUACUCAUGGGACGAGUCGGCAACGGGACGGUGUUGCGUCUGGGAAUCCAACUACGGCAAACCCGGGAAGCUGCAGGACUCCUUGGAGCACUUUUGCGGAACUUGGGAAGAUGGAAUACGCCUGGCUUGGCUUGCCUUUCGGCUUUCGAAUUCUCCGACCAAGGCCAAUGCCAGUCAGAGUCCAAAAAUGGAAUUGUACUUUAGCAACGGCAAAGUCAGAGAAACCACAGUCGAGAUGGACACCAGCUCAACCCAACGGCUCAGCCGGGACCUUGCAGCUGAACAGGGUCGCGAGGAGGAGCCGGGUGAUAAAUCCGAGAGCGACGACAUAUCUGUGGACAGUGUCGGUAUGUCUGUUGGAGAGCUCACUUCGGCCGACGACGAUCCAAUGGAAGGCAGCGGGGGCGGGCUAGCCACGAGGGUGCUGGGAAGCGCUCUGCAGGCCACGAUUGAUCGCGUCAUGGACGAGUUCUGGCCAACCGAGAAAGACGCGACCAAGCUGGACGUAUCCAAGAAGGCUCUGUCCCCACCGGCCCUGCCCAGCAUAAUAUGGAGAGUCGCACUGAGACGAAGAGAAGAAGAAGCGGCGGUGAUCUUCCGAGCGACGAGGAUAGUGACGGCGAGAGGCCGACGAGAGGACCAUCAAGAGCGCCAGAGUCCAGGCUACUGCUCCCCCCGGGCAAAAAGCUUGCUUGUCCCUUUCGCAAGCACGACCAGGUACCGCCGUUUCAGGGAACACCUCUACCGCUGCCACCUGCCGAUUUACUGUCCGAGAUGCAAGGCCGUUUUCAAGACCAAGGCAGCCCGCGACAGCCAUCUCAACGUCGAAGCGGCUGCUAUAUGCCAGGCCCAAGACUGCCUGCCCGACGGCAUGACCAAUGAGCAAGGGGCUCGGUUGCGGUCCAAAAAGAGGAUGUCGCGCGCCCAGACGGAGGAGGACAAAUGGUGCAACAUCUAUGCCCUGUUGUUUCCUAACGAGGCAAUCCCGUCCCCGUAUUUCGAGCCCGUUGAAACGACCGGCUGCAUAUCUCCCGACUCACGCAGCUUCCAAGAGUGCGAGGGCUUUGUACGCCGACAAGUAUCGCGCCUGGUCCACGACACAAUUCUCGAGAUGACGCGCCUCGACAUGCAGCGGGUCGAGGAGCACCUGCUCAACAGUCUUCCUGGCAUAAUUCAAGAUUGCGUUGCCAUGGCCUUCACCGAGUACAGGGAAACGAGGCAAGACGCGGCCCGCGAUGGUCGAGAACAGAUACAGCAACAACAUCUGCCUGGCAGAGAUGGACUAGAAAGCGAACUAGCCACUGACGUUGCUCCUGCUGCCGGGGACGUCGCUGCUCCACAGUUGACUGCAGGAGCGAUGGAUAACAAUACGGAAAUGUCUGUCGCAGGUGGGGGCGCCACACCACCGCCGCCGUCGCCGGACUUUCUCGAUGCCCUGUACGGCGCGCCGCCAUCCCUAGAAGAAGAUGCCGUCGCGAUGUCGUUCCCCGGACUCCGCAUCACAACAAGCGACAGUACGGAAACGGAUUCAGGCCUCUUCUUUGGCUUUGGAAGUUUCCUGGGUAGUGUCUGA